AUGUCCCAACAAUCAGACUUCUCAUGUCAUUGGCUGGAAUGUACAUCCGAUACCGCCAGCUUCAAAUCAUUGGCCCAACUAGUUACUCAUCUAAGUCAACAACAUCUCUCGCAUAUUGCCCAUAUCGCUCCAAUGACUCCGGUUCGUUAUACUUGUCAGUGGGAAGGAUGUCCAAGAUACGGAGUUGAACAACCUUCGAGGUUUGCACUCAUUUCUCAUUGUCGUACUCACACGGGUGAAAAGCCUUAUUUUUGUCCAAUACCUGAAUGUGAAAAGCAUUUCACUCGUUCAGACGCUUUGGCAAAGCAUGUAAAAGGAGUACAUGAUUUACAUUCACUUCGUGAUGGUCUUAUGAUUGUUAAUGAUCGUAUAAAAAAGGGUAAACUAGUUAUUGAAGAUAAAUACGAUCCGGAUAAUUUUGGUAUCAAAGAUGGUAAAUCUAAAAUUUUAAGUGAAGAGCAAUAUUUAAAAUUAUUAUCUGAACAAAUGGAACUUAAAAAUCCUUGGUGGUAUACCUCAAGGUUUUUAGAUAUAUUGAGAGAUCACGAUGAUCCAACAAAUGCCGAUAUUGUUGAUGAUUAUGAAAAAUUGCUUUCUCAGCCUUUCGAUACUAAACAAUUUAAAGUCGCCCAUGACAGAUACAAAGUUUUCUUAAAAGAAGAUGAAGAAGAUAGGUUGAUAUACACUAGCAAGUUUACUCCACCAGAAUCAUCUGAAGAUACUGAUACUGUUGAACAAGAAAGACUAAUAAACUAUGAAUCCAAAGUGAAUAAGAAAUCCCAAAUGCUUAAAAGUCAGCACGAACUAAGAUCAGAUAGAAAUAUAGACGAACUUUCACUUGAUGAAUUAAAGGCAGAGUAUUCCAAUUUGAAAUCAAGAUAUAAUACUGCUUCCAAAAUCAAUAAGAUUGUUUCGAAUAAUUUAAUGACUUCAGUUAAACAAAAACGUAAGAAUUGGCUCAUCAAUCAAAUUUUGCUCGAUGCCAACAUCAAAGUCGGAUUACCAAGAGGAGCCGGAGAUGCACAAGAAGGUGAAACCGUCUUAGAUGGGUUAGAUGUUAAUAUUUUGAAUGAAGGUAUUACCAGGGCCAAAUAA